GGUCUUCGAUCCUCGAUCUCAAAAUUGCCGUGUUACAAGACUUACAAACGGAAGGCGUCAUGAAUGACAUAGAUCUAGAAGAAAUUAUGCAAGCUCUCUCCAUUGGCUUAGUAGUUGCCACUUUCCUUCUAAACACUAGUCGAGCCUUAAAAGCCAUCGAGUUAUGCAAGGAGAGUUUGGUUUUGUUAAAUAAACCGAGUAAAGAAAAGCAAUUUAUCAAAAGAAUUUACGGAGCAAUCUAUGAAACAAUGUUCAACGCGUACUAUCAAGUCAGCGACAACACAAAUGCGAUAACAUGCGGCAGGAAACUUCUCGUCAUUUGUCGCGAGUGUGGUGAUACAGCCGGAGAAGGGGAGGCUAAUAUCGCUCUAGCAAAGGUAUAUUGGAAUCAAAGCAGGUACGUUAAGGCAAAAGAAUUUAAUGAGAGAGCAAUCACUAUCAUGAGAGAAACUGGGGACAUGGCAGGAGAAGCAAUAUGUUAUGGAAACCUAGGAUCUGUGUUUAACUCUCUUGGUCAAUAUGCCAAAGCUAGAGAAUAUUACGAGAAAGCACUCGCUAUCAGAGUGAAAAUUGGUGACAAAGAGGGAGAAGCAACAGAUUACGGAAACCUAGGAACUAUGUUUCAAUCUCUCGGUGAAUAUAUCAAAGCUAAAGAAUAUCACGAGAAAGCACUUGCAAUCACAAAGAAAUUUGGAGACAAAGCGGGAGAAGCAAGAAAUUACGGAAACCUUGGAACUGUGUUUCAAUUUCUUUGCGAAUAUGUCAAAGCUAAAGAAUAUCAGGAGAAAGCACUAGCUAUCGCAAAGAAAAUUGGAGACAAAGAAGGACAAGCAAGAAAUUACGGAAACCUUGGAACUAUGUUUCAGUCUCUCGGCGAAUAUGUCAAAGCUAAAGAAUAUCACGAGAAAGCACUUGCGAUCAGAAUUGAAAUUGGUGACAGAGCAGGAGAAGCGUCAAGUUAUGGAGGCCUGGGAACCGUGUUUAACUAUCUUGGUCAAUAUGUCAAAGCUAAAGAAUAUUACGAGAAAGCAAUCGCAAUCAGAAUGAAAAUUGGUGACAAAGAGGGAGAAGCAACAGAUUACGGAAACCUAGGAACUGUGUUUCAAUCUGUCGGUCAAUAUGUCAAAGCUACAGAAAAUUUCGAGAAAGCACUUGCUAUCACAAAGAAAAUUGGACACAAAGAGGGAGAAGCAGCAAAUUACGGAAACCUAGGAGCUGUAUUUCAAUCUCUCGGUGAACAUGUCAAAGCUAAAGAGUACCUCGAAAAAGCACUGAAGAUCAGAAUGGAAAUUGGUGACAGGCGAGGAGAAGCAGAAGUCUAUGCAAACCUAGCUGGAUUAUCUCUAUCUCUAAGAGAAUAUUGGAAGAGUAAAGAAUAUUGUGAUAAAGCACUCGCAAUUUUUAAUGAAAUUGGCGGCAAAACAGAAGAAGCAACAGUUUAUGGAAAUUUAGGCGUUUUGUUUCAAUCUAUUGGCGAUAAUGUCAAAGCCAGAGAAUAUUACGAGAAAUCUCUUGCGAUCAAACUUCAAAUUGGUGACAGAGAAGGAGAAGCAACAAAUUACCAUCGUCUGGGGUCUGUGCUACGAGCGCUUGGUGAAUAUGCCAUGGCUGAAGAAUACUUCAAGAAGGCACUCUCAAUAGCUAAACAUAACAGAUCCGCUGAAAUUGAGUUUAAGUGCUAUGUUAGCCUGACAUUCACAAACCUUUCACAAAACAGGGUUCAGGAAGCGUUUUCCUGUCUGUCUCAAAGCGUAACAAAAUGCGAGAAUUUGCGAAAUAAUAAUGCAGAAAGUGAUCACAUUAAGAUAUCAUUAGCAGACAAGCACAAUUUUCCCUACCAGCUGCUCAGUAGAUUGUUUUGCGCCGCUGGAAAUCUCACGAAUGCCCUUAAUGCUGUAGACCUGGGACGGGCUAGAGCCCUAGCAGACUUGAUGGCAACUCAGUACUGUGCUGAAAAACACAUAUCAGCCGACCCGCAAUCAUGGACUGGCGUUGAAAAUGUCAUAAAGAAAGAAAGUGACUGCACUUGUCUUUACAUUUCGUAUGAUUCUCAAGAAGUGUUUUUGUGGCUUCUCGAGAAAAGCGGAGUCAUUCAUUUCCGAAAUAUUACAGUGGAGAAAAAGACCCUUCACACCAGAUUAGCAAAGGUUGCU